GUGACGCCGGUGCUGGGAGUGAUCAGCGUGAUCCUCAUCCUGCUGCUGCUGCAUGAGCCUCCGCGAGGAGAGGCUGAGGGAGCGCAUCACCUCACCAACACCGCCUGGUGCUCCGACAUCGCCUACAUUGUCCGCAAUAAGAGCUUCGUGACGACGACGUUCGGCUCGACGGCGGUGGCGUUUGUCGCCGGCGCCCUCGCGUGGUUCGCGCCGCUCUACAUGGGCUACGCGAUGACGAUGGAGGGUCACCCGAAGCCUGACUCAGA